AUGUCAUCACUUCAAGGAAAUCAGAAUGGCACGGAAAAGUCAGCCCAAAAGGAAGUCAACUCAAACCACUCUAUCUUUUCUGAACUUGUCAAGGUACUGGUCUAUUUUCUCUCGACAGUCAAGGGAGAUCUUGCCAACAUCACUGCUCCGCCUUUCUUCCUCGCCCCCGCCUCCGUCGUUGAGAACCCUCGAUGUUGGGCUGAGAGACCCAAAGUGUUCUGCGCCCCGUCCUUCGAGCCGAAUCCUGAGAUCCGAAGCCUAUUGGUGCUACAGUUAUUCCUUGUCGGCCUACGAACCCAACUGUAUAUCGCCGGAUCUCCUGGCGUCAGCAUCAAGAAACCUCUCAACGCUUUCUUGGGUGAACUUUUCCUUUCUUCGUGGACUGACGGCAACUGCACAACUCGACUAGUGUCAGAGCAAGUCAGUCAUCAUCCUCCGAUUACCGCCAUACACAUAGUAGACAAAGACCAUGGUAUCCGAGCUGAUGGAUAUGCCCGAGUCGAGAUGACCUUUAAUGGGACGGUAAACAUUCGACAGAUUGGGCAUACCAUAUUACACGUUUCUCGGUUUAGUGAGGAUUAUAUCCUACCGCUGCCGGAUGUCCAAGUUCGAGGGUUACUAUCAGCCUGCUUCUACCCCGAGAUUGUUGGUCGCUAUCGCAUUGUCUCGAGCAGUGGAUAUGUAUCCGAGAUUAAGUUCUCAGGGGCUGGCCUGGUGCGUGGAAAGAAAAACAAUUUUGAGGCCUUUAUAUAUCACAAAAGUGAUCCAACAAGACGCAUCUAUGCCCUAUCAGGAGUUUGGAGUGAAGGAUGGGUGACAAAAGAUGGGCGAACUGGUCAAGUGCUAAAGACUUACACAGUGGACGCCCCAGAGAAUGAGCCAACUGCCAUGCAAAUUGAGCCAAUAGAGGACCAAGAUCCUUGGGAGUCUCGUCGGGCGUGGAGAGAUGUCAUCGAGAACCUGAAACAUGGAAACAUUCGAGCAGCUGCCACUGCCAAGCAUGUUCUGGAGGAAGCGCAAAGACAUAUGCGUAAAGAAGAAGCGGCUCGGGGUGAGAAUUGGAUUCCGUUAUUUUUUAGGAGCCUCCGUGGAGACUCUCAUCAGGUCUUUCAUCGUUUGACCAAGGGUUUGGAGUGGAAUCUUGCGGAUGCCCAGACCAAGGGGGUUUGGAAAAUCGAUGAUCAGCUUCUAGAUGAGAUCCAAAAGCCCUAUCAUGGGAGGGACACACCAUGGUCACCAUGA